AUGUCAAAAAAUAAAGGGAAAGGCAAAGCAGUGAUUCGUGAUGAAUUAGAAAAUAAUCCAAUUAACAAUAAUUACAACCAUAAUAGUGAAAUAUCUUCACUUCCUGGACUUUUAGCAGUGCGCUCUAUCAUUGAAGAUGAUUCUAUGAUAGCUACGAGACGCUCUUCACGAACUUCUAGUUCUAUUACUGGCUCACCAUCUAAUCGGACUAUAGGAGUUGAUGAAGAGGCAGUUGAACCUGGUGAUAAUUCGUUUGAAAGACAACAACCUUUCACAACCUCCUCCACAAAAUCAUCAAUCUUUGAAAAAAACAUUAAGUUUGAUCCAUUUGCCUCUUUACGAAGAAAUUCAGAUAUUCCAGGUCAUCAGGAUGUUUGGUACUACGACAAUGAUCCACGAGGAUUCUAUGAUUUUUCUGAUGUCUAUAGCGAAGAGGAUGAAGCUAAUACAGAGAAUGAUGAUGACAGUGACAGUGAUGAAUGGGAAACAGAUGUAGAAUACAUAAUAUUGGAUCUCGGGACAGAUGUAAAUGAAGAAUUGAUCAACAACAUCAAAAGUAGCUCCAAAAAACUAGAUUCUAAUGAGGGACCAGGAAAGACACGAUACAACUUGCGUUCAAAGCCACAAGGUCGACAAUCCAUUGACGAGUUACCAUCCACACCUAAAAAUAACACAAAUAACAGCAGUAAUAUGGGCUCGAAUGACUACGAUUUUCAAUUUGUGGGUCUUGAACACGGAGAACCUACUUUGAAAAUCGGUAAUAACCAUUUCGAAGGGGUAUUAGAUGAAUCAAUCGGUACUGAUUUGGUUUUUACCAUAAGAAAAGACGAAGGACCGCCACCUCGCACAAGCCUAGCUUACAAGUGUCAUACGGUUAAAAAGAUUCGUUUCUCUAGGAUGGAUGUUGUUCCCAAAGCGCAAAAGUUAACCACUGAGGGAGACCUUGAAUUGGAUCAAGACGAAAAAAGUGUGAGUGAAAUGGACACGGAUGAUUACAGUUAUAUGCAUCUCAAUUUCGAGGAUGCACAGCUUGAUAAAGAUGUUGCCGAUGACGAAAAAGAAAUUGAGAAGGAUGACAAGGCAAACUAA